AAUAACGAAGUCAUUGACUUCAUGCUUCUUGUGGCCGAAGCCAUUAUCAAGAAGAAUCAGUAACCGAGGUCGGCCAAGGUGUUAUGAUCCCGAACCAUUUGAACUUGAAUAAAAACAAACCCAAGAUGCUCUACAGACCGCAUUUACGAACAUGCCUCUUCACCGCUUCUACAUUCCUGUCGGAUUCUAUUCCAAAGAGGAUAAAACCGCUGUCGUCAAAGCCGUCCAGCAGUGCUACUCCCACCUACCCAAAUUCUACGUCGUCGUGAUCUUCAUUGAGGUAGACAAGGAGAAUUUCUAUGUCGGAGGGGAGGCCACCGACAACUUUGUCCGCAUAGUCGUACAUCAUAUGGCCACCCAUUAUCACAGCGAUGAGCGCAAGAAAGAGUUCAACGAGAGAUACAACAAGGCGUUGGGGCCAUUCAUAAAGGCACGGGGUGCUGACUGGGAGAUACAAGUCGCGGAGAUGGACCGAGGCAUGUGGGGGAUAAACGGCAUCAAGCCCCCGCCACGUAACUCGGAAGCAGAAGCCCUUUGGUACAAAGAGAACAGGCCUUCGGAGUACUAAAUUCUGCUGAGAGGAGAAAGCGAGUGCCAAUAAUGUAUAACAUACACACUUGUCACGACUAUCGUCUGAUGAGAUGAGAUUCUUCC